AUGGUGGUCGAGAUCGUCCGAAUGAUUGGCGGCGCCCCGGAUCCCCGCUACAAACCUGGCACACAGAAGCUCUGCUGUCGCGUCAUCGAGGCACCAUCCACCUCCCCAUGGGAAAACGAGCAUAAGUUGCCGGACAGAGGGCAGCUCCUCUUUCUGAAGAUUUUCGAUCCCUUAUUCUGGCACAAGGUUGUCGAUAUCACCGAGCGCAGUGUGAAAGUCACGAUCCAGGCCGACAAGUCUUUUAGUGACGAGUUCGGAGCUUACCACCUCCUCUACAAACGAAACCUCACUAGGUUCAACCGCAACAAGUUCAUAAGCACCGGAUACUCCCCUAUCGCCCCGCAGUUCUAUGGAGGAUGGACAGCCACGGUUUCGAGUGUCAACCAGGAAGUGAGCAACAGAUCUCGCAAAAUCGCUGUCCUUGCAGUCGAGUACGUCGACGGAGUCUGUCUGCAAGAUCUGUUCGGCCCUUGUGGCCCUGUUGAGGGGCCGGUCCAGCUCUAUGAAAAUACCAAAUACACCGCAAGCUUUACCACCGACCAACAUCAACGCAUGCAGAUCAUGGCUCAGCUUAUUGAACGGUACCGUCACGCAAGAAUAAAUCAUUGCGGGGUCAGUCCGAACAAUGUCAUCAUCAGCAUGCCCAGAAACCUUGACAAACCCCGCGCCGUUCUGGUGGACUACGGACGUGCAAUCAUCGACAAGCAGCGGACAUAUCCUGCCGAGUUCUGGAAGCACUUCCCAACCAAACACCACCCAUUCCUUCGGUUCGGGCAUACGAGAUUGGAACAUUUCAGAGUCUGGGUCCCUCUGGAGUGGCGAGGCCCACCAGACGAUCUCGAACACACGCCUUUGCUCUACCAUUGGAUGAUGAUAACAUUCGGUGGUUUGGUGGACAACCCGAACUAUACUGUCUUUGCCAAGUUUUCCAAGGAGAGCAUGCCCAAGAAAGAACAGCCUUAG